CAGCAAUCAUCGAACAGCACUGUAAAGACUUGUCAGAACUCAUUUAACGGAUAAUUGACUCCGCGUAAAUUGAAGCCCGACGAUAAAAAUAUCCGUUCAAGGCUCGCUUUUGCAUCGAAAAGCGAGACUACCGGGUUCCAAGAUCACGACUUUAAUUCAACCAGAAUGACGGACAAAAGCAAAGAUCAAUACGAACUGUCAUCCCCGCCGUUUGAUAGUAUCUCGACGGUCAAAUUUUCACCGUCCAAUCCAUCGCAUUUACUCGUGUCAUCAUGGGACACGACCGUACGAUACUACGAUAUCGACGCGAACGAGGAGAAAUGCAAAUUCGAUCACCGGGCCGCCGUACUUGAUUGUUGCUUUUCGUCAGACGCAAAACAUGCAUUUACUGGAGGGCUGGAUACAUCUGUGCGAGAUUUUGACCUGGAGAAAGAGAUUUUGAUCCGGCAUUUAGGUCAACACGACAACUCCGUCGCACGAAUGGUGUAUGGGAAGCUGACCAACCAACUUAUCACCGGCUCAUGGGACCGCACAGUACGCUUAUGGGACUCACGAGCUCAGAACGCUCAAACAACCUCGCAUGAUCUACCGGAACGUGUCUAUAACAUGGACGUUACCGGCAACAUACUCGUCAUCGCCAUGGCCAGUAGGCUAUUCCAUAUCUAUGAUAUUCGAAGGAUGGAUGAACCAGUGCAGACGCGUGAGAGUAGCUUGAAGUUCCUCACUCGAGGACUUGCGUGUAUGGCUGAUGGACAAGGGUAUUCUGUGGGCUCUGUCGAAGGCCGAGUAGCUGUCGAGUAUUUCGACUCAAGCCCGGAGGUUCAAGAAAAGAAAUAUGCUUUCAAGUGUCAUCGUCAGACCGUGAAUGGUGAAGACCACGUCUGGCCCGUCAACUCAAUCACGUUCCACCCGGUAUAUAACACCUUCGCAUCUGGAGGGUCAGACGGUACAGUCUCCGUCUGGGACCAUAAAUCCAAGAAACGACUCCGGCAAUAUAGCAAAUACUCCGAAGCUGUCAACUCGGUUGCCUUCAACUGCGACGGGACCCGUCUUGCGGUCGGGGUAAGUUAUAACUGGGAUGAAGGCGCAGAGGGUCAGAAAUCGUCGGCUGAGUCGACGCCGAAGGUCUGGAUACGGGAAGUCGGUGAGGAGAUUAAGCCUAAAGGGUUUACAGGGUAGACAGUUAUUUGUUUACUUAUGUAUCGGCAAUAUACUGUAUCAUACUGGUCCCAAUUCAUACCUGCAAUCUUGAACUGGC